AUGUCUUCUAAACGCAUCGUGCUCAUCACCGGUGCCAACACCGGCAUCGGAUUCGAGACGAUUAGGACCCUCCUGCAAUCCAAAGGACCGUAUCACAUCAUCAUGGAAUCGAGGUCUCUUGACAAGGGCGCAGUUGCUAUUUCCGAACUUGAAAAAGAGUUUCCAUCUACUACCAGCUCUCUAGAAGUCCUACAGGUCGAUAUUGUGGACGACGAUUCCAUAGUAAAGGCUUUUCAGAGCAUUAAGGACAAGCACGGGGUCCUCGAUGUCUUGGUAAACAGUGCUGGCGCUAGUCACGACUUCAACCCGCAGAACUACAACCCAGAGGAUAUCAAGACCCUCCGGCAAAACUUCAACAAAUCAUAUGAUGUCAAUACGACAGGCACGCAUGUCAUCACUCACCCCCAGGGCGUCCCAUCGGCGGGUUGGCCGAAGCCCUUCACGGGACAGGCAGGAUACCGCUCAAGUAAAACCGCGCUCAACAUGGUCAUGCUCAACUGGCACUGGUUGCUUAAGGCCGACGGUGUCAAGGUGUGGUGCAUCUCUCCAGGGUUCCUAGCCACUGGCCUGGGUGGAAACCCCGAACAGUUAAAGGAGAUGGGCGCGGGCGAACCAAGACAGGGUGGCUUUCUGAUCAAACAGGCCGUGGAGGGUGAGCGGGAUGCUGAUGUUGGAAAGGUUGUGAACAAAGAUGGAAUUCAAUCUUGGUGA